AUGAGCGUGCUUGACGCCUCUUCGCUCGCCUUCGUCCCGCCGCCCGAGGCGGAGCGCGACCUCGAGCUGAUGGAGGUGAGCGUCGCCCAGGUCCCGCCGCAGAGCCUCUCCGUCCUCGUCCGCGCGCUGACCGACGCGCUGCCGCAGCCGGCGCUGCAGCACCUGAAGCGGCAGCGCGCCGCGCUAGCGGGAGGGCUGCCUGCCGCGGUGGCGGCGGCGUUGGACAGCCUGCCGCAGCCUCCGGCGAGCCACUUCGUGCCUCGGCACCCGCCGGCGACGCGCGCCCAGUUCGAGGCGUGGGGGCGGGUGUGGCCGCUCGUCUUCCACCCCUCCGCCGCCGUCCGCGCGCUCGCCACGUGGCUGCCGGACCCGCCUCCCGCGCCUGCAGAGGCUUGCGAUCGCAAUGGCGGCGCGCUCCGCAAGCAGCGGCUGGGAGAGGAGGCGAGGCUUGGGGAGGCGGGAAGGGCGGAGGAGGAGGCGAAGCCCCACCCGCUGCGGCACGCGAUCAUGGUGGAGCGGCGGCGCUGCGCGGCGGGCGGCAAGCGUGGCGCCGGCGAGGCCGAGUCGGGCCCGGGGCGCUGUUUGGACGGUCCGGAUCAGUACUUGUGCAACGGAUGCGACGUCUUCGUCACAGUGGAGCCGUGCCCGAUGUGCGCCAUGGCGCUCGUGCACUCGCGUAUCCGGCGGCUCGUGUACGCGCUGCCCGCCCCCGGCGGCGCGUGCGGCUCCGCGUACCGCGUCCACACCAUCCCGUCCAUCAACCACCACUACCAGGUCGUGCGCGGCUUGCUGCGCGACGAGGCGGCGGAGGCGCUCGGGCUGAGCGGCCCGGCGGCCUCCGACCUCAAGCCGGGAUGAGGCGGGCGUGUGGCAGCAGAGGUCAGUGUGUAGGGAGGUGGGUUCGGAACUCACCGUCGGGAUCAACAUACAACAAGUGUUGAGAAAAU